CGGAAACGCGCACAGCGUACUGGGACCACCGCAUUCGCGCGCGUAAACUCGCUCCGUCUCUUUCCUGUCCACUCACCCCCCGGCGGCAAGAAAAAAAGAACAGGAAAACGCGCGCGAUCGAGUCUAGCUCUCAGUGUUGGUCUGCAUGCAGGUGCUGCUCUGAGGCCCUAGGAAAAGUGUGUGCGCGUGAGGCAGCAGAGAGACGAUUUCCCGCGCGUAGAGGCAGCAGAGAGGACGAUGGCGGCUUGUAGCAACCAGCUCCAGAGCACGAUGAAACAGCUCAAGGACGCGACGACGCCGGACUCCAAGACCCUGGCUUUAACCUCCCUCAGAAGAGUACAAUUAGAAGAUGCAAAAGUUAUAAAAACACUGAAAGAUGAAGAAUUUUGUGAACUUUGCAAUUCAGUUAUCAAUGCAAGUAUUACUGAAAAUGACAAACUUCACAUUGAGGCAUGUCGAACUCUUGACAUCAUCCUCCCUGAAACAAGGAAUAGAAAUUUUGAUUUCUUUCAGUCAAUUUUACAAAUUAAUAGGAAGAAAAGACUUAAAAUACUUGUAUCUUUGAGUAUAUUAAAAGAUGAGACAGUGGCAACAAUUGCUAGCAAAGUGUCAAUCUUAGAUUUUUUGAAAAACUGUAUGCAGUCUAUUAAUACAGCGUCAAUGACUUGGCUACUAGCACAAAAUGCAGAUAACGUGGUGGAAUUAAGAAAAAUGGAAAGUAAGACUCUUACUGAAAAUGAAGAAUUUGAAGAAAAAGUAGUAGAGAACACUUUAAAAUUACUUGGUAGACUGUGCAGUCUGUCUUCUUUUGGAAUUAAUGUUAGACAAUUUGAUACACUUUUGAUGGAGACAGUGAUUAUUUUGGCUUACAUGGGUCUUAGAAGACAGCGAGCUCAAGCUCUAAUUGUUUUAAAAGAAGCUGUCCAAAAUGAUUUAGGUGUGCGCGUUAGAUUGAUGCAAAAAGAAAUAUGGGAUUCUUAUAAGAGUAGUUUGCAGAAUAUUUACUGCAAACGUAUGACGUUAUUGGUAAAUAUCAAUGACCAAGAUUGGGCUGUUCAGUGGGAAACAAGUAUUGCUUUAGUUGGAACAGAUCUUCACAGGGGCUCAGGAUUGGUUAACAGCCUGCUUAAAGUUGAAGAACUUGCUUUUAAAUCAGCUGAUCCUAACAGACGACAAGCCUUUGUAUCUUGGAAAGUUCUAAUUGACAACUUUGCUCUAGAUCAACGUGAAUUGGCAACAAAUCGACGCAUUAAACUUUUAUGUGUUCCUUUAAAUGCCAAGAAUAGCAAAACAGAGUUAAUGGUGCUUACUAAACUUGAAGUUUGGUGGCAUUUGAUUUACAAAGUUUAUCCAAGUAUAAGCGAAUGUAUAGAUACUGUACUUGUUCCUUUUUUAACCAUGUGUUUUGGUCCUUUUGGAGAUAAGCCACUUUUUGUUCAAAAAACAGAUACUAAUGUUUCUUUGGGGAAAAAGUUUCCUAAAACACAAGUUUUUGCUCUUUAUACUUUCAUGCAAUUGAUUGUGGAUAAGGAAGAUUGUGCAAAGAUCUCAUCAUCUAUUGUUGUGCAAGAUGUACUGCCUAACCCAGUUAGUAGUUCCGUUUUUGAAAAUAUUUACAAGAUUUUCAUUCACUGUUUUGGUGAAAUUUUGCUCAGUUUGGGGUUGUUAUCUGAUCACGAUGUAACACAUAAAUCAGAAAUCUAUAGUAUUUUGUGGGAUGGUUUAAUUAAGAGAAUUGAAGAAUAUGACAAAAUGAAGGUUCCGAUGUAUCAAGAAGUCGUGAAUGUUAUUGUUGAACUAAUGAAACAUCGAUUUUACAAGAUACCAAUGAUUCGAGAUUUUUUGUUUAACAAAAUAUUGAAAAAAUUUGAUAGCAUUGCUAACAGUAUGCAAUUUACUGAAACUACACUGAUGGAUCUUGUACAAACAUUUUUGCAAGUUGAUAAUUUCUCGCUUUUUACAAGUGAUCACUAUCAAUCAAUUGAAACAUUGCUUUGGCAUUUAAUUAAACCAAAAAAUGCAGAUGCUUAUUAUCCACAAACCAUGGAAAUGAUGCAAGCUAUAUUAAAAAUUUUAGAUGAUGCCAAAAACUUUAGCUCCAACAUGUUUGCUGCUUGCGAAGUAUGGUGUAUUCUUGCUAGAAUUGCAAAAAAGUACAUUGAGGACUCACAAAAUAUCAAUGAGGGCACCUGUUUAGAACAUAAUUUUAAAACUGUUGAAAGUAUUAUUUCUUUUUCCUUUACACACAUUUUUACAGAUGAUCAUGCACAAUUGAGAAGAAUGGCUGAAUCAUGGAUAGAUUUAUACAAACAGUUUGAUUUCCAAGCUGAACUAAUUGUAACCGUAAAAGCCAAUGAAAUUAUGAAUAAAACAUCAAAUAUGCUCAUAACAGCUUUGAAGAAAGAAAAUAAAUGUUGUGACUUAGCAACAGUCUGUAUAGAUGGAUUACUUAACACAGUAAAUUACGACUAUUUAUCAAAUGAUAAAGAAGUGCCAGCAAUUGUACAAUUACUGAAGGAUCUGACGUUCCAGUGCCUACGCAGUAAGAGCUUUGCUUCCGAUAAAAUCCUUAAAGCUCUGUGCGCGUUUCUCCUAAGAGUCUUUAGUCACAGUGCGGAAAAAACCGCUCAAUACUUAAAAGUCAUUGAACCCGUCGUGAAAUUCUUACUUGCCGAAAUCGACGACAACAACCUUGAUCGCGAAAUAAUGAACACUUGGAGCACCAUUGUCGGGCUUUUUAAGAAACUGCAAAAGUCUCUGAAUUCCGAGUUGCUUGCUUGUUAUAGGAAAACGAUAGUUUUAGCUGUAUUACAUUUGAGUAAGGAAAUAUCGUCUUUAGCGUUAUCACUUUUAGAUUUAAAGGAUAGUGUCGAUGAAAAAGCAAAAAAGGUACUAGAAGAAGUGAUUCAUGAAUUAAAAGAGACUUCAGCUAAGAACAAUUUCGAUAUAGAUGACAUCAAAGAAAAAUCUAACAAAAAAACUCGAUCCCCUCACAUCAAGCCGAUCGGUAGUUUUCUCAAUCGAAAAAGCGUUAGCUCAUCUAAUGCAAGAAAGGAGAACGGUAAAGAAAACUUUGAGAAGACAAAGGUGAUCAAUAUCGAGCCAGAUUCUCAAGAUUUUGUUUUAAUUAACACCGACGUUCAGCUGGACGUGAGCCGCCUCACCGAUCAUCAGAAAGAGAUGUUGAAAAAACGCAGAGAUGACAUACCAGCAAUGUACAACGACUUGACAGUUUCAAAUUCGCAAGACUCGCAAGAGCUGCAGCACUGGUUUGACGCGAAAACCGGAAAAUCGCCAGCAGCUACAGUGAACAAAAAUAACUCACCGUCUAAUAACAAUGAAGUUCCUAAACCAACGUCAGCUACUGCUCUACAUUUUAAAAAUAUUGCAGAUGUAUUUAACAUACCAGAAAAAGUUCUUGAAAAACCAACAGUGCCCGUGAAAAGCGCAUCGCCAAAGACGCAAACUAGAAAGCAGCAAGCAGCUGAUGAGGACGUGUCAGCAAUCGAAGAUUCUCAACAAGUCAAAGUAGAGUCAGCGCCGAUCGUGGUAAAGAAGUUGGAUUUCGAGUCGCGCGAGGAGUUUCCCGCCGACUCGGAGCAGCAAGUUUCGCCGUCGAUCAUCGACAACGCCAAAAUGCGGCGUAGAAAUCCCACCGAGGAGAACAAUGGAGCAGCAGCGGAGACUACAGUCGAUAAGAACGUCCGAACGACGCGUCGCUCGCUGCAGCCUCAGCAGCAGCGCGUUACACUGCGAAAGUUUAAUAGUAUCGAACAGCUGAACACAAAACGCGGACGCAAACGACGAAACUCUGAGAGUAAUUCCGAGAGUGUGCUUAACAUUGUGCACGAGAAGCGACCCAGACGAGAAGACACGCCUGAAGUACUUAAUAGCAGUGGUGAGAGUUCCAAAUCGAACGAAGAGAACAAGAACUCGGUACAGGAAAUCGACGGCAAAAAGAUUUCAAAACGGCAGUUAAACGAAAUGUCUCGUCUAAAAAUUGACAUGAGGUUCGAGCCGCUGCCAAGUCGUCGUAGUGCUGGCAAACUAAGCGAAAAUGCAGCUUCUCAUGCUGCUGACAAAAAGUCGAUUGCUUCUAAAGAUGACAAAUCAAAAGAUGAGAAGACACCUGCUAGCAAAACUGAAACGAAUCAGCAAGUUAAUAGUACUAUCAAAAGACGCUCGAUGUCUAAAAUUACUCCUUCCGCAAAAGUUGAGACGACUGUUGAAAAGGAAACAGAAAAACACAAGAAAGAUAGUGGUCAUAAGAAACCGGCUGCACCAGAAAAUCUCCCGGAGAAUAAUAAAUUAACGACUCGCAAGUCAUUGGGUUGUAAAACAGAGCCGAUCAUCACUUCCAAAAAGAAUGAGAUUGUAGCAGAGACACAGGAAGAAACUCAAAUUAAAGAAGGGCCGACGCAAAUGGAGACCCAUGACAACAAACUUGAAGAUAUUCUGGCUAAAGAUUCCGAGAGUCCGAUUGAUGAAUCGGAAAGUGAAAGCGUGAAAUCAUCUCAGGAUUCAGAUAUCGUAGAGAGUUCACAAGAACCUAGCACAAACUCAAAAUUGGAAAAGCUGGAGAAAUGCUUUAUUAAGAUAAAAAAAGUUGAAGUUGUGCAGGUUACGAAAACUAUUGUGGAUGAAAUACAAGCAGAAAAGGAAUCAAAAGAACGAAAAGUCAUUGAAACCACGCCGAUCGACUUGGAGGAAACCACGCCUUCCAUUAUUCAGGCGACUGCUGAACCUGAAAAACCUGCGCCUGUCUUGCAUGAAUCAAAAAAAGUCGAGAGCGUUCCAGUAAAGCCAUCGAUCCCUGUAAGUCAUGCGUCUUCUCCAAAAAGUACAAAUUCCCGUCUCUUCCGUUCCAAAGCCUUCCCCUUACAAGGUCGAGCUGCUCAAAUGCUUGGUCUCGUUACAAAGCAGUCCCUCGCCGAAAAACUUUCUUCCGACGCCUCGAAAUCAGACUCUACCUGUACAGAUGAGGUGACUGUGGUUCCUAUCUCCAAAAAAGACAGAGUCUCUAAAGAGAAUGAUAGAGUCUCUAGUCCCAGUACAGGCAGUCGACAAGAAAAGAUGUUUAGUAACAUGAACAACAGUAUGAGGCAGGAAAUGUGCUCGUCACCCUCAAUAACAAUGUUUUGUAAUCUAAGAAAUGAUGGUGAACGUAUUUCACCUAAACUAGAUAAGCAUGAGCGAGAUAGUGAAAAUGGAGUUAUGCCGAUGGAGAAGGAAACACAGAAUGUUAGCGCUGCAAGUAAUAGCGAUUCGUCGCCAAAUGGAAAGACGAAAAAAGAGUUGCCUUUACUUGAGUGGUCUAAUGCAAAUCCGCCAUCUUUGACUGCAUCACCAAGUGUCAGUAUUUUAAAGAGGAUGCAAGAGGUUGAUGUAGAAACGCCUAAUAGGAAAAAAAGAGUAAGUUUUGCUGAUCCACCAGUAUCUCGUGAGAUGGGUUAUGAAAUAAUGACGGAAUCAUCGUCUCCACCAAAGCUUGAAAAACUGCCUACAAUGCGCAGUCCUAUUUCCCGAAAGGAAUCAAGGAAGCAUGCGAAACUACGAUUGAUUCAGAUGGAUCUUGAACGAACCGAAAAAGAAAACAACGAGCUCGCCAACAAUGUUGAAACAAAACCAACCGAGCCAACAACAAUUGAUGAAUCGGCAAACGUUCCCACUGAUGCUCCGAUGACUUGUCUCUCUCCAAAGGUGAUGCUUUCAGCAAUUCUGUCUGAUAUUUCUCUGGACGAAUCGAAGAUAGCUGCAACCGAGAGUCAAGUAGUAGUUAACACUCAAGAUGUAGAUAUAUUCAGUGACAACAAUGUUAUUAUAUCAAAUAACGAGAGUAUGGGUAUAGUUCAAACUUCUACUCAGAAUGAGCAGAGUAGCUCCUCUAUUAAAUUGGACUCCAUCAACUUGUCGAAUAUUCUGCAAAAGUCUUCCGAUAAUCAUACUCCUUCCUUAGAAGAUACUGUGGACGUUGAGAAUUUAUCUUCCAGUCUUGAGGGUACUGCUCAUUUGUCGGAUAAAGCUCCACAAAAAAGUUGCUCACAGCAGAGUGGUGAUUCAGCUGAUACGUUACCGGUGACGGACUCAAUAUUCUCCAACUUGCCGCACAGUCAAGAAACACAAAACAGUGUUGUCCAACUAAUUGAGCCAGAGGCCCUAGAUUCUACGCUUCCAGUGUAUCCUUCCCUGGUUUCCUGCAUAGAUGGCGUAGAAACAAUCAGUGCUGAUUUAGUUGAUCCUCUAUUCACAAACGAUCUCGCAAAACACUUGUCUGUCAAGUCUAUUCGCUCAGUAGGCGACUUGGCGCAGCUGACGGAACGUGAUGUCAACCGCCUACCUAUUAAAUCACCAAAACUUGCCUGCAUUAAGAAGGCACUAUCGAGGUAUGAAAGUAUGAAGAAACUCACUAGGACACCUGAGAAAAGGUCACCUACACCGAAGUCAAGCACACCACUUGGAAACAAGUCUAGGGAGAGUAAAACCAAGCCGGAGAGCAUUUCAUUUGAUGAUCUCAUGAAGAAUUCGAGUAACAACAGUGAUCUAGCCUCGAUUAAUGUUUCGGCAGUAUACAACAUCAAGAGGCUCAGGAAGCGACAAUCGAUAGAUAGCUCGAUGCAGACGAGUCCAAUGAAGAGGUCAAAGAAGAUGGACGAGGAAGCUUUUACCGAGCUAAUGGAGCAGUGCGACGAUGACUUCUUAUUUAACGCUUUUGUAAAGAGGUUUGAUGCUGGAAAAAUUCUCACGGGGUAUAGAGAAAAAAUGGGCGAGCAUUCAGACAAAGAACUCAAGAAAAAGACUUUAGACAUGCUUGGACUAAGUGUUGAAGAUGACAGUGAGGCUAGCUUCAAGACUUCCACGAAAUCCAUGGGCUUGCAAAAGGUGCUGCAACAACUUCCGAAAACCUUCGACACAGACGAAAGCUUCUACAAUUCCGUGCUAAAAACUUACAAAAAAAAAUUAAAAGAGGUCAUUGUAAAUAAGUUCAGCUCCUCGGAAAUGUUGACUAUUCUUGCCAAAAGACUUUCCCAAGAAAAAGAGAAGGGUGAGAUCGAACGAAUUCCUAAUUCAAAUGAUCUUAAAAUCGUACUAGAUAAUGUAUCGCCGGAUUCAAUAAUGGAUCAAGUUCUAGCAAGGAAUGAACUUAUGUCUUCGGAAAUAUUGUUAAACAUUGCUUUAGAGAACAGCCCCGAGAAAUUGUCGGAGAACAUUAAAAAGGCUAUGUAUAAGACUUUGACGGAUAAACUCGACGUUUGUGAACUUGCCGACAUGUAUCACGAAACCAUCAAGUCUGGGGUGCGCAAAAUGCAAGAAAAAUAAGCGGACGGUUAUUGUGAAUUGUAUUUUGUAAACCAUGUAUUGAGUUAAACAACUUGCUUAAGUAUGUUGUAAACUCGUCGCAUAGGUUUUCCUUUGUUUUUUGGAACGUCAUUUUGAAGACUGAUCACGUCGCACACAUUAGAAUUUGUAUUUUUAUCGUUUAUCUUACAACUAUUGAUGACAAGAAUUCAUUUUUUACGUAUGCCUUUGAAAAAAAGCGUUAGUUGACCAGCUGUCCUGUUGGUUGGUAGUUAUGUUUUGUUUUAAGAAUUUGAUAAUCUGUAAAUAUAUUUGCGAUGAAAUUAAAUCAUAUUAGCUGUAUAAUGAAAGAAUUAUUAUAACUAUGUAAAGUAAUUUGAAAUUUUUUUUCAAAAUCAUACUUUUUAUCCUGUUAAAAGAAAAGUUGACAAUUUGGCAUUAAUAAGUUGCAGUUACUGAUCUAAUACUGUAUGCAUGUAAAAAAAAUUGAAUACUUAUUCAAUGGUAUUGUCUAGGAAAAGUAAUUUUGCAUUGAAAUUGUAUAGAUAUGCCAAAAUAAGAAAAAAGUAUUGAUUAGCUGCAUACUUUUAAACGAAAAACUUUAAUUGAAACAUAAGAUUUUAAUAUUUAUUAUUAUGACUCUGAGAAUCAGUAAUUCAAUACCACUGUAAUUUCUUUGAAAGUUAAUGUUUAUAUUUUAUACCUACCAUGUAAUUGUAAGAUAAGACUUAAAUCAUAUAAUAAAAUAUUAAA